CGGGGGAAAUAAAAUUCAAAAGUAUGGCGGAGGGAGUACAGGAUGUUUUGAGGAUCUUAUGUAUUCAUGGAUAUAGGCAAAGUGGAAAAAUUUUCCGAGAUAAAACAGGAUCGUUUAGGAAAGGCCUAAAGAAACUUCCUCUCGAAUUUGUGUAUAUUACUGCCCCGAAUAAGAUACCAAAUGUGGAGGAUGAAGAACAAUAUGGUUGGUGGUUUUCUACACAAGAGAAUACUUAUGACCCAUUAACAAAGUCAAGUUAUUGUAAAGGAUAUGAAACAACAAUCAACUUUAUGCAGGAUGUUUUUCAAAAGCAGGGUCCAUUUGAUGGAAUCUUCUCAUUCAGUCAAGGAGCUUCUCUAACGUCACUUUUGUGCGCGAUGAACGAGGAGAAAGGUUCAAUAAUAAAUUUCAAAUUUGCAAUAAUGGUUGCUGGCUUCACAUCAAAAUCCACACAACAUGACGUGUUUUAUGAAAACCUUAUCAAAUGUCCAACCCUUCACGUUUAUGGUGAAACUGAUCAAGUCAUACCAAAAGAAAAUAGUGUGAAAUUGGUGGAAUAUUUUGACAAUCCUGUGACACAUUGUCAUCCUGGAGGUCAUUUCGUUCCAGCUUCCUCUCAACAUAAACAAGUUUACAUCGACUUCAUACAGAGAUUCUUAUCGUGACUGACAUCCCAAGGUUUAGAGCGUAGAAGUAUUUUAGGGAAUUUUCACCAAGUGUACAAAAACAAUCGUUACAAUCUUUCUUGGAAAUUUAAAGGAACAGUUUCUUUCAUUCCGCGUUUUCCUUUAGACUACCGUAAGUUGAACAACGUCCAAAAAAUUAUUGCAACUAUGCUUGUACUAGCUCGGGUAUUACUAAACCAUUUGCUAUAUUGAUAUGGACUUCAGUCUGUUGCUAACGUGUGCAGUUGACAGCAGAUCGAGUUGGGACAAUUAAAGUGGAAAUAUUUUUCAGAAGGUUGAAUGCAACGAGACAGUAAUAGCUAAUUCAUGCCUUGAUAUGUCUUAUAAACGUAAAUGGUUAUCUGUUGGAUUAUAUGUAUUAUAUGAAAAACCAUGGUUAAAAUGAAAUCAACAGUAUUUACAAAGUGGCCUAACAU